CCCCACGUGGAUGGAAGAUGGCUGCGUUUGCGGACCUGAAUAUUCUCUACUUGCCGGAGAAAGAAGCAUUGCAGAAAUUGGUGGAGGCUGCAGCGCACCUUGGCUAUUCAGCUGUAGCAAUCAAUUAUGUUGUCAACUAUGAAGAAAAGAAAAAAGAAAUUGUCAAGCCAAUAACUCCCGCAGAACUGUUUCCAUCCUUACCUCUUGUACAGGGGAAAUCCAAGCCAAUUAAGAUUUUAUCAAGGCUGACACUAGUGGUUUCUGAUCCAUCCCACUGCAACGUUCUAAGAGCGACAUCUACAAAUAUCAAAUAUUAUGAUAUCUUUGCUGUAUUUCCUAAGAAUGCAAAACUCUUUCACGUGGCAUGCACAACCUUAGAUGUAGACUUGGUGUGUGUUGAUGUGACAGAAAAGCUGCCCUUCUUCAUCAAGAGACCAUCUGUCAAUGUGGCAAUAGAGCGAGGGAUCUACUUCGAACUUAUUUACGUUCCUGCCAUCAAAGACUCCACAAUGCGACGGUACACAAUCUCGAAUGCCUGCAGCCUGAUGCAGAUCUGCCGUGGAAAGAAUAUUAUUCUGUCCAGUGGAGCUGAAAAGCCUAUCCAAUUGCGAAGUCCAUAUGAUGUGGCUAAUUUAGGUUGGUUGUUUGGCCUUUCAGAAAGCAACGGCAAGGCAACUGUUUCGACCAACAGCCGAGCCGUCCUUCUUCACGGAGAAGCCAGGAAGACUGCCUCCGGAGUGGUGUAUACAGUGAAGAAACCUCAAACUACAGAAGAAAAAGAUGAUGAUGAUGAUGCUCCACGUAGUAAAAAAGCCAAGAAAGAUUUGUGAAGUACAAGUUUACCUCUCUAACAUCCAACAUCAGACCAAACCUCCAUGCUGUCGUACCUUAGGAUGGCUAAUGAAGAGGAAGAAUCCUUAUCACUUAAAUAGAGACAAGUAUAUACCUAGGUGAACUCUCUGUAUGGACCUUAGAAGCAAUAUAUGAUGCUCCUUGAAUAUUAUCCGGUGAAAAAUGGCAAUAUAACACUUGAAAGAAAUGGGAGGACAUAUAGCUGUGCUGUAUUUUAUAAUAAUUAUAUAGUAUCUUAUCAAAUAUGACUUUUACUAUCCAGUUGCCCACUCUAAUGAUCAAAACAAGAAUUGGCAUUCUAUAUAUGUAACCUAGAUUUUUUAAAAUUGUGUUGGCUUUUAUUAAUCUGACUACAUAUGCAUGCUGAAAAUCAUUACAAUACCGUGAUUUCAUCACAGGAUUAUAAUAAUGUUACUAGAAUUCCACAUUUGAGUUCCUGAUUACAGAGUUAUUAAUGCAGCCUACUGCUUGUAACCAUCUGAAGAAAUUGCAGCCUUAACUACGAGCAAAGUUUCUACCAGUUUACUCAUAGCUAUAACAGUGGAGCAUCCAGAUAAUUUGUGCAAUUUAACUAUCCUGGGUUGAGAAAUAACCGUGUCUUGCCAGCUGUAGUAUGAGACAAAAUGAGGUGGGGUCAGAGACAAUGUGUAUUUGUCUGAAACAAGGCAAUAAACGUGUAAUAAUAUAG